AUGCGCGUCAAUUCAAUCGCUUAUGAGUCCAAUUUCGGUGCAACAUUGCACCCUCGUUUGACGUUCAUCACGACUAAUCAGGCUCGUUGCCUGCCUAAAGCGGUCAUUGGCAAGCCCAUUGCCGAUGUCCGUUUUAGGCAGGACCCCUUAGGUGCCUGUAACGGCAUGUACAGUGAGCAAGUGACGAGGGAAGUAGAAGUGAGCAAACCGCAUUAUCAUGGUGCAUCGGCUGACAAAGCCACCGCUGCCCUCAGUACACCUUCAGUACAUGCUUCCACAAUGCCUCUGAAUCGUUACUCUUCAAUCCGCUCUAUCGAUACUCAGACGACUGAUCUGUCUUCAGGACGCACUGGAGACGGCGGUCGUGGUUCGGAUGUCGAACUGUCAGACAGCGACCAAGAGUCGGCCCCGCCUCAAACCCCCACUGAAGAUUCUGCCCCUCCCAGCAUCGCCACUCACUACUCUCCUGGGAACUCCUUCACUGAGCGUGUGCGCUCGGCACUGCCCAUCGCGGCGAAGUUGCUCGAUAAAUCUGAGGAACCGACGCACAUCAACGAUGAAACCAACCCAUUCAUGACACUCUUGCCUCGGAUGAACCCUGCUGAGGAAGACCUACAGCUCAUAGUGCGGUUCUUCGAGGAAAUCUGGACGCUAUGGCAGAAGUGGGUGGAGGCGGGACGUGAUGGGUUCAUUAUGCAGGAGAUCUUCAGCAUUGAGGAGCGUGAAUUUUCCCUCUUGCAGAGCACCCUGGAGGAGAGCUGGCAGUGGGAUGUGAGCGGUGAACUGGCAAAGUACGUCGCAUUCCUGCGUGCCAUCAAUAUGGACUUCUGGCCGCAAGACGCGAAGAUAGUGGCCCAAACGCCUACCUACAGUGAGGACUUCGCGUUCGAUUUACUCGACGAGAUGGCGUCAAUGUUUCGGCAUACAAUUGUCACGUUCUCAGACGCACGGCCCUGCGUCGCGUACAAGAUGUUGGUCAAGAACGAGCGGGUUCAGUUCACCCUACGCCACAGCUCCGUUGUCCAGAAUAUGCACUUGGCUCCGGGCUCGGGCAAAGAGAUAUUCUUCGCCCUGGUGACACAUACGCGAGCCGAGUUCCUUUACCAGACUCUAAAGAUCUCUGCAGCGUUGCCUUCGUUGAAGAACUUACAAGGCUUCGUCAUCGCUCUGGCGGGACAGGCGGACCCGGCCCUCAAUAACAACAUCCUUUACCGCAGCAGUCGUGUGCCCCCGGGUGCCGAGACUGCGCGGAUGGAGGCUUGUAUGGCCGUGUACCGGUGUGAGGAGUUCGCCAAGUUUCAGGAGUGUGCGCAGCACGCAAGGACGUUGGAGGACUGGGAUACCGAGGGACCCAGAUUCAUUCGCCUGCUCAAACGCGGCAUCCCGCCACAGACGUCCCCCCCUGACGGGAGUCGCUUCUUGGAAGACCACAUCCACAACAUCGUCUACUCUCAUGCUUCCAAUAUUGCUGAACGCGCGCUGGCGCCGGUCGCGCUGCUGCCGGAUGAUCAGGUUCAGUCGGUCGAUUUGAAGUCGGUCGGUCAGGACCGAUACGUGGACGAGACAUUGCUGAAGGAGGUUUGCGAGGGCGCGGGGAGCAGAGUGAUUCGGUGGCUGCAGCGUGUCAUGUAUCACAAGCUGGCGGCGAUGGUCUAUCAGCAGCGCGGACUGGGUAGGGCGUUCCUUCUCAAGGGAGGGCUUCCCUAUGGCGAGGAGGGCGCGUACCGCAACAACGUUUUCGUCUGA